GUUCAAUUGAAAACUCUAGUUUGAUUAGGAAAGGAGGAGGCACAAUAGUUUGUCAGUUUGUUCAAUUGGAGAAGAAAACACCUCCCAACCUCCGGUUGCUAUGAGCUCCGGUGACGACGAGUCCGACGGAAAUUAUCUCCAGCGACCCAUUUAAAGGAAACGACGUCGUUUAACAAGGUUUUUUCUUUUGUCUGUCUCGUCCCUUGCCCUUAUCCAUCUUUCUCUCCGUAUCUCUGUUUCUAUCUAUCCCAAAAUGAUAAGAGUGAAAAUCUGUUGGCAACAAGCACACACACAGACGAGAGCGUGGGUCCCGACUUCAUUCAUUUGAGGAACUGAAGAUUUGGAUUUGAAAUUGGAGCUAAACAAUGUCAUGUCGCUCAAUCUCCUCCUUCUCUACCCUCUCUGUUCCUCCUCCGAGGAACUCCUCUCUCUCCCGUCGAAGCCCCAAAUUCAUUCAUUGCUCUGUUGGAGCUUUACAGCUUAAUUCUUAUAAAAAAAAAAAAAACAAAAAACAAAAGUUGUUAUUUAUUGUUUAUGGAGGAAGGGAAAAGGAGAGGCUGGGAUUCGAGGGAUUCAAGAUGUCCCAAUGGAUGUCCCCCUACGAAGUCAGUGGCUGUCAUUUGGCUUGUGGAUGAGAACCUUCGAGAUGAGUUUGGUUUGAGAUUUUUAUGAAAGUAGAAUUUAAGGAAGAAAAUCAAAUUUGGGAAUUAACAUUAACUUACCUU